AAGUAAAACAAAUAUAAACAUGGAAUUUCCUAAUACCGGAGAAAAUUGUGCAUUGGAUAAUUGUAAACAAUUAGAUUUUCUACCAUUUAAAUGCGACCAUUGUCAAUUGACAUUCUGUAAGAAUCACUUUAAUGCAGAAUCACAUAAAUGUUCUAAACCUCAGUCAGAUGUAACUUUGCCUAAAGAAAAAUCUUCUAAUUAUGUUUGUUCUAAAGAAGAUUGUAAAGAAACUUCAGUCGUUGAGAUGUUAUGUUAUAAAUGUAAGAUACACUUCUGCUUGAAACAUAGAUAUCAUGGUUGUAUGGAAGUUAGUGACGACGAGACGUUAAAGAAACUGAAAAAAUGGCAAAUACCCAAGAGAAAAUUUGCCCAAGCAAAGGCUAUCGUAGAUCAAGAAGUUACAGAUUCUUUAAGAAAAUCUAAAAAUACUGCUAUGGCUAACAAAGUACAAUUGAUGCGUGUUAAAAGCACUGCUAUAGGUCCUAAAAAUGUGCCUAUCAGUGAACGUUGUUACUUUCUCGUAUAUUAUCCGAAAACUGUUUCAAAUAAAGAUGCUACUGUCAGCAAAGGUAUUUUUACUAACAAAAAUUGGACCAUUGGUAAGAUCAUAGAUUCCCUAGUGGAAGUACUUAAAAUUCCUAGCAACACUUCGACUACAAAUAAAUUACGUUUGUUCAACUACAAUACGGGUGCAUUGAUAAGCGAUCAAAUGGAUGUUCAUUUAACAGAUCUAUUCGAAAAUUCUAUGCUCAUAGAUGGUCAACGUAUUAUUUUAGAAUAUUCUGAUGAUACGUCUGUAGAUGUUAAUCUUUAUAAAUAAAUGUAUUUAAAAUCUAUCAUAUUUUUGUUAAAUAAUUGUAUUAUAUCAACGACAAUGGCAAGGAUUUAGUUAUAUUAGAAUAGUACUUGUUUAUUACAAACUAGAUGGUUUUAUAUAUCAGUUUUACAUUUAUUGUUGAUAAAAAGACACAGUAAAUCCAUUUUUUUUUUAUACCUACUGGAUAAACAAAUCAUUCAUACCAGAUUAUUGUCAGAUUUGUUUUCAAAAGAAAAUUUUUAAAGACAAUAUUCUGAUUUUGGCACCGGAUGUUCUUCUGCUUGUUGGUGUAAUUAAUAAUGUGCACCGUUGUAAAAAAGAGUAUAUAAAAUUAACAUGUUUUAAAGAAUACUAUAAUAAUAAUAAUAAUAAUAAUAUCUCGUUUACUAAACAAUACUAUAUCAUGAUGUAUUAAAAAAAAAUAUAUAUAUAUAUAUAUGAACAUAUUAUUAACUUAAGCGAUGUGCGUAUUUUGCAGAUGUUGUUAAAUUUUAAAAUAUAUCAAAAUAAAAUGUUUCCGCAAUAAAUGUAUAUCAAAGAUAACAUUUAAAAUAUCAUUUAACAAAUUAAUUCGAAUCGAGAUGAGGAUUACAUCCAAGUUGACUAUAAAAAAAAAAACAGUCAAAAUAUAAUAAAUCUCAUUAUCGUUUCUUUGAACACAUUAAGAUGCGGUCUAUGUAUAGACCAUUAUUUAAUACUAAAGUGAAAAAAAAAAGUAUAUAGAUAUGUAAAUAUCUCAGACGUUUAUACACAUAAUAUAUUAAAAUAUUAAUUUAGUAUUAUUCAAAAAGAGGAGUGUGUAAAUCUAUUCGGAUACAAUGGCCAAGUAUUUCUAUUCUAGAGAAAUGAAUAGAUUUAAAGAUGAUAAUAAUAAGAAUUCUAUUUAAAAAAAAAAAAAA